AUGGCCGAAACCAAAGCGCCAAAAGACCCGUACGGUUUCUUGAAGGACUUCAUGGCCGGUGGUAUCUCCGCUGCUGUGUCGAAGACCGCCGUCGCUCCGAUCGAGCGCGUCAAGCUUAUCCUGCAAGUGCAGGCCGCUUCCACGCAGAUCGCAGCUGACCAACAGUACAAAGGAAUUAUGGACUGUUUGGUGAGAAUCCCAAAAGAACAAGGGUUUGCCAGUUUCUGGAGGGGUAAUUUUGCCAAUGUCAUCAGAUACUUCCCAACACAAGCAUUAAACUUUGCUUUCAAGGAUGUCUACAAACAGGUGUUUAUGGACGGUGUGGAUAAGAAGACCCAAUUCUGGCGGUAUUUCGCAGGUAACUUGGCAUCUGGUGGUGCUGCUGGAGCAACAUCUUUGUGCUUUGUAUACCCACUUGAUUACGCACGUACAAGAUUAGGAGCUGAUGUUGGUAAAGGACCAGCUGAAAGGCAGUUCAAAGGUCUUGGCGAUUGCUUAGCAAAAACCGUCAAGUCUGAUGGACCCAUCGGUUUGUACCGUGGUUUUAUUGUGUCUGUCCAGGGUAUCAUCAUCUACCGUGCUGCCUACUUUGGAUUCUUCGACACAGCUAAGGGAAUGUUGCCAGAUCCCAAGAAUACUCCAUUCUUAGUUUCAUGGGGUAUUGCCCAAUUUGUAACAACAUUCGCUGGUAUUAUGUCCUAUCCAUUUGACACAGUCAGACGUCGUAUGAUGAUGCAGUCUGGCCGUGCUGCUGACCAACGCAUGUAUAAGAGCACAUUGGACUGCUGGAGUAAACUUUACAAGAACGAAGGUACAUCUGCCUUCUUCAAGGGUGCAUUCUCCAACGUACUCAGAGGUACUGGUGGUGCCUUGGUGUUGGUCUUCUACGACGAACUCAAAAACCUCAUGUAA